AUGUCAAGUGCGGGACGGCGCAUGGCGAGCGUGUAUAAGUUUCCAUGGCAUGGCCCCUUGCCCCUCCAGCCCCCGUCUCAUGCGAUAUCAUCCUGGGACAUUCUGACUGCUCAGAAUCGUGAUCUUCCCUCCCCCGUUCCCGGGCACCGGCGGGCGGUGGGGAGAUGGGAAGGAAGGGGGAAGGAAGGGGGAGGGGGAGGGGAGUGGAGGGGUGAGAAGAGAGACGACAAGGCGGAGCCUGUUAUCUUUGUCUUUCUCACUAUUCAGGGUCCUUGCCAAGGAGACGCAUUCGUCCUUGUCCACCGCCGUCAUUGUCCCUCUUCUGGCCAGUGGCAAUGGGAGCUGAUGGGUGGUCUGAUCCUGCAUUUGCAACCGAGGAGCGGGGGCGUGGCUGGCGAUACCGGGGGCCCUCCUGGACAUCCCUCCCGGGUCUCCUCCCGCGUUACCUACUACGUAGCGGAUGGUGCGUCCAACAACAGACCUAAUCACGCACACCCCGGGAUGUCUUUGGGGGCGCUGGCGCCUGCCUUUUCAUCUUGUCUUGGGCUGAGUUGGGAUGCCGCCGUUGGAAAGAGGGCCGCAACAGGGCAGUCGGUGUAUGUUCUCUGGUGUCAGGGGAGCGAAGCGGGAUGGGAUGCGGGCAACGGUUUUUUGUGGGACGGACGAAUCGACGUCAUUGUUACCUUCGCCGUCAUCGUGUGGUUCCUUCCUUUGCGGCUGGUGUCUGUCGUUGGUGUCGUCGUCAUGGACCUGCUGUUGGUGCUGCCCUUGUUGGUACCGACCUUCUGCUGUAGCGCCAUCUGGUGA